AUGGAGAAGUCGGUGCCCACCAUGAGCUAUCAAGCUUGGCGAAGAGAUCCUGAGACUGGGCCUCCCCAAUACCGGAGUAGGACUGUUUUUGAGGACGCGACACCUGAAAUGGUGAGGGACUUCUUCUGGGAUGAUGAGUCCCGGUUGAAGUGGGACGAUAUGCUUGUUAAAGCUUCGAUUUUGGAGGAGUGCCCUACUACUGGAACCAUGGUGGUGCAAUGGGUCCGUAAGUUUCCAUUCUUCUGUAGUGACAGAGAAUAUAUCAUAGGCCGACGGAUUUGGGAAUCAGGACGAUCGUACUAUUGUGUUACAAAGGAGUGCCUUGCUCCUCUGUUCCUAGGCAAAAUAAACCAAGACGUGUGGACCUAUACUACUCAAGUUGGUGCAUCCGUGCAGAGCUUGCGAUUGAUGGAAGUUGUGUGCUUUGGGGCAUUUUUUACAGUUGAAUCUAGAAGAGGCGAUGGCCAGCUAACUGCCUGUGAAGUGUUGCUGUUUCAUCACGAGGAUAUGGGCAUACCUUGGGAAAUUGCGAAGCUUGGAGUACGCCAAGGCAUGUGGGGAGCUGUGAAGAAGAUCGAUCCUGGUCUACGCAAGUAUCAGAAGGAACGAGCCUUGAGGCCCGGUCACGUUUGUGCUUUCCUGGCACAGAUCAAUACUAAAGUCAGCCCGACUACCUCAAGUCUCUAG